AUGCGGGCUCUGGUGGUGUUACCUCUCCUGUUGUGUGCAGCCGUGCAGGUGGAGCAGGUGAGAGCGGAGGUGAAGGCGGUGAAGCUGUGUGGUCGAGAGUUCCUGAGGGCCGUGGUUUACACCUGCGGAGGCUCUCGCUGGAGGAGGUUUCUCUCCGAGGCAGACAUGGAUGGUGAGACAACAACUCUUUAUGAUUUGAGACAAGUCUCAGUUUUUUCUCUUUGAAUGUAUUUAUUGAGUCUCUCCUCUUUGAUUCAGGAUUAAACUUAAAAUACAACACAAUAAAAAUAACUUUUUUUUUGAUGUGCAGGUCUUCCUUAAACCAGCAACCAAACUCCCUAAAUAAAAACUGAUGUAAAAAUAGUUUUACUAGCUUUAUAACUAGCUUUAUUUGCACACAAGAGGAGCUUUGGAUUUUGACCUCCAACACUUGCAUUAAAGGCACAUAAGAAAGGGACCUUCUUCAAUGGUCAAUAGGAGCUAAAUGAGAGAUCUAUUAAAAUUAAAUAAAAAAAUUUUAAGUGUUUAUUCUGGUCCCUGACUCUUUACUCUUUACAAACACUGAACAUUGUUCUCCUGUCUUUAGGAGUCUUUUUGUAGUAAAUGUUUUCUAUCAAGAGUGAUCCACGGUGUUCCUGUAUUUAAUUCAACAUCUAUCAUUAUCUAAGAUGAACUUCCAGGUAUUUUUUCCUUUAUAAUCCAUUUAUAUUUACCCACAAAGCAUGUUCAAAAACAAAAGUACACAGAAUUCAGUAAAAUCCAAAAUGACAAAGAUGUAUCAUCACUCUUGGAAACCAUUAAAGUAAUAAGACCAGACAAAAGCAGCUGUCACAUCGAGUUUAUAGCCUCAAGUGAAAACAAACUCCAUUUCUUUAAACAUAAAAAUCUCUUUUUUCCCCCCUAAGAUGCUUAAGGUCAAAAACUGACCGAGGACCCAAGACAUAAAUUUAGCAGGUUCAGGUAAAAAAAACAAAAUCUUGUUAAAAUCUUCUGAAGUAAAUUCUGAAGUUUGCAUCCAUCUUCAGUUGAAGUGAAGCCUUUUUGUUCCUUUGCUUAAACUUCUAAUGCAGGUGAUCUGAAACUGUUUGCUCUGUCAGUAUUUCCAUUUAGUUUUUCUGAUGCUGCCUCCCCUGACUUGUAAUGCAUAUCUAUACAUAACAGACAGGUAUAUUUUUUGUCGUCAUUGCACCAGGUAGAAGGAAACUGAGCGUGCAACUCUCCCUUAAGCUUUUAAGAGCAGCAUGACAAUAAGUAAAAGUGACAGAGAGACAGAGAAGAACAAAACUACAGCAGCAGCAGAGGUAGUAGAGUCUGCACGAUUGUUCAGUAAUGGAGUAAACUUUGCAACAAGAGAAGUCAGAGAAGGCGAGGAAAGCUCUGUUAGUGUGAACCAUCCAUUUGUCUCUUUCAGUGAGAGCAGCUUUAAUUUCAGCAAAAUAUUGUUGGAGUGAAACACAAAAACUUUAAGAUUUUGAUUUUGACUUUUCCAGUCUUCUGUAAUUCUGGUUUCAUGUAUUGAAUAUUUCUGACUCAGGGACUUCAGUGUAGAGGGCGAGCAGGCAGACAGACAGAUGUCCCUGAGGGAGAGACAUUACAGUCUGUUAUGUUAUUAUGUGAGAGGAGCACAUAUCUUGAUUUAAAGAUGCAGAAGUCUGUUCCCUGACCUCUCUCUGGGUCACUCAUCAACAAACCCACUUAGCCGAUCAGUCGUGCCGAUUACAGAAGAUAAAUAACACUAAAUUCAUCAGUGAAGUACUUUGGAAACAAAGUCACAUCAGCAGAGAGGAAGUGGAUCUGCACUCACCUUUUCAUGUGUGUUUUGUAGGUCCAGUUUUGCCUGCAGGAGAUCACAACAGUCUGGAGGAGCUGAGCAGCAGUAACUCCCAGCUGACCAGACGGGACAUGAAUAACAUCCUGACCACCGUGUGCUGCCAAGUAGGCUGCAGGAAGAGCGACCUCACCUUCCUCUGCUGA